AUGUUAUUCAGUUUGUAUCGCGGUUUAGCUGCUUUGCUGCUAGCUCCAAAUGGCGAGGAGAUUUCUGUUACAUCAAUCCAGAAUGUACUGCACAUGCAACGUUCUUCUUCUGAAAAUCCGAAAGAUGUUUUAAAUAAUCGGAAGUUUCUUACCGUGGGCGAAGAGUUAGCAGUUGUUCAACGACUGCAACAACAUUUGAAUCACGUUCAUGCUGGUUAUGACAGUAUCUACGGUGAAGGUGGUACAGAUGGAUUUGGUGCUCUUGACUCAAGUCAAACAACAUGGGAUGUGAAAAUUUUCAAGGAGAAUGUCCGCCGUGGCGUCGAACAGAUUGUUAAAACUGUAUUGCGAAGCAGUUUGAAUUAUAUAACUUUACCCGGAUCAGGCGAGACACCGCCAUCCGCUGAGAACAAGACACGCACACCAUCUAUGUAUGCUGUACAGUCUGACACAAUAAGCCGUAUGGUUACUGUUCUUGAAGAAGCAUAUUUUAUUAUCACGAACGAACCGUCUCUUAUAUCCUCACAUCGCUCCAGUUUUACGACCCAGGCAAAUCCCGCUAUGAACCAGAGUCUUUCAAGCCACCAGGCAUACCCUAGCCUUCAGGCACGUUUUCCUACAGGCCCUCCAACGAAUAUGGACAAAGAUGUUCGCUCAAAGAAUGUACACUUUUUCUCUGAUGGUUAUCAGACUAAUGGCGGGUCUUACUCUAUGACGACAGGUGCGCCUCUUGAAGGGCCAACCCAAUCUAAUGCUAAAACUUCAAACCCUACCCAGGAUGAUGCUGUCCAAAAGACUGUGAUGCUUACAGAAGCCUUAAAGCCCAGCAAAGUUUUGAGUCGUAUGGAUUCAAAGUCUGGUCUUCGUUGGACGAAAACCAUUUCUAGACGGAAGUCAAAGAAAGCUCUAAAGCGCUCUAUUUCGAAUCCAUAUUUGGUCACCACGACACAAAAUCUCGACAACGCGAUUGAUUUGGGUAAUCUUCCCAUUGGCCACGUUCCUUACGAUCAGGUAGCCUCAGGCCGACUCCGCUCAACAUCACCUAUCCUUUCAAAUGCGCAAGAUAUUAACGAAUCGUCGCCAAUGAACAGCCCUUCGUCGAGACCUGGAAUUCCUUCAUAUUUGCUCGCGUCGUCUAAAGACAACAGCAACACGCAGAGUACUCCUCACGUGUCCUUCAACAGCAUUGAUGGCAACAAUGCCCGUAUUGCGUUCGCGUCGAACCCAGUACCGUUAAGCGCCACGCUUCAACCUUACACAGAAAAGGUCCCAGAAUUCGCUACGACUAGAGGAGAAGAAUCGGCACGUUCAUCUGCAGAUACGCGCUCGUUGAAAAUCUCUCCGUCUAUUAGGUCCAAGAACCAGGCACUACCACCUUUGCCUAGCGAUGGUGUUUCCAUACCGGACUCAUCUCAUGUGUCAACCAUUCCUGAAACUUCAAUAACUUCGAUCCCAGCAGCUUCGUCAACCCCCCGUCGAUCUUCGUCUUAUCGUGUCCCUGUACAAUAUCAAACCCCUGAAUCCGGUGGCGAAAGGUCGCACCAAAUACCCUCUCCAGAAUCAAGUUUCAGCAGUGCUCGUUCGCCUGUUGGUCUCACAAGCCUCAUGAAUGAGCAAUCUAGAGAGUCGCUCGACUCACAGGAACCUAAACCAGAGAAGCCUAUUGCAACUACUCUGUCACCUGCCGUCCCAAGAGCUCAAUUAUUGCCAUGGCAGACCGAACGCAGUGAAUCACCAGAGUCAAACAUUCAGCACCGAAGUAUCGAUUCCAAGAGUACAGUGUCUCCCCGCAGGUUAGAUGCAUCCUCAACGCACAAUAGAACGCCUUCUAAGAGCUCAUUAGCACCGAGCUCUCUAAGCGCAUCGCCGACUGACCCUCGUUACUCUCAUAACAGUGUUGUGCUAACGGGAAAUGGCAUGAAUGAUAACUCAAGUAAUGUCGACUCAAUUUCUACCGUGGACCCCAAUACGUUCCCAAGUCCUGCAAAAUAUGAGCAUCACAGGAGCUAUGCUAACACCUCGCGCAUAUCUACAGUCUCGACCUAUAUUCGCGAGUCACACAAUGGCGACAUUAUUACUUUCCCUUCCGCCACCGAUCAAGAAAUCGACCAAAGUGACAUAAUGCCGGGCCAUUUUGAUGCUGGAGACGAAAGUGGUUUGAAACCUGGACAACGCCAGUCUAUACCGAGAAAGCAGGUCAAACCACUCAAGUCACACGGAGACAGUUUAUAUGACCUUUACUACUCAAAGACACACGACCAAGAUGCGCAGGCUCGUCGUCAGCCAGUCACAGACAAUCUUAAGAAUGAAGUCCAUAUGGGUUCGAGACCCGUUACUGGUUAUGGGUUUACAGAUGCCGUCAAAUCCAAAUCGCGAUCACCUCGCAUUGGCAGCACUAGCAACCCUAUUUGGCAAGUGGUCGCUGGACUGAGUGAUCGCACGAGCAUUUACAGUGAAAUGGAUCCACCCAACAAACGUGCCAGUGGGAUAAGUGUCGCCUCUCGUAUUCCUGAUUCGUUUAAUGUCGGCAACAGGGAUAUGACCAGUUUCAGCACCGACCUUGAGAAGCGCGCCUUAUUCACUGAAGCUCGCUCGGCCAAAGUAGACGAUGUUCCGAUGGAUAACAUAUUGAUCCCAUCGGCCUCUGAGCACAUUGUGCAUGACCGGGACGACGACUUGGAAUCUCUGAGUAGUGAAGGAAGUGACACUGAAGUUCACCGCCAACCGAGUCCUGUUCCUCAAAAUGCAGCAUCAGAGGAAUCAGAACCGUUGCCAUCAACGCAAUGGCACCUGAAGAAAAGGGGAAUACAACUUCAACUGUAA